AAGAAGCCAGUCAAUGUAGGGAAUGCUUGCUCAUUUCUUCCUCAGUUUAUAUUAUAUUAUGUCCUUUGUUUUUUAUAUCCCUUUGUCUUCCAUCCCUUUUAUAAUAUUUCUAUCAAUAUUAUUCUCCUCACAGUACUCCUCCUCUCUCCUUCCUUCCUCCCUCCUUCCUACUCCCAUCAUUCUAACCCAAUUAUGACAGCAUAGAGAGAGAGAGAGAGAGAGAGAGAGAGAGAGAGAGAGAGAGAGGUGGCUAAGAGAGGAAUAUGGUAGGAGAGAAGAAGGGGGAGGUGGUGGAAAUCUUUGAAGAUGAGGAGGAGAAGAGCGCGGAGAGUAGGCGAUCUCCGAAGCGGAAGAGGACGCCGCCCGCGGGGCUUGACCUAAAUGAAGAGGUCGGCGAGAGCGAGGAGGGAGGAGGGGUCGAGGGCUGUGACGAGGGAGAAGAUGAAGAUGGGGGUAGCACCACCGAAGUCGCGGGCGGAGGGAGCUCAAGCAAUAACAGCAGCACCAACGACAAGAGCUGCGGCAAUAACAGCGAGAAGAACGGCGACGGUGAGGCUGAGGGGGGCGGUGAGCGGCCCUCUGUGCGGCAGUACGUCCGGUCCAAGAUGCCCAGAUUGCGUUGGACCCCCGAUCUCCAUCUCGCUUUCGUCCAUGCUGUCGAGCGGCUCGGGGGACAAGAGAGUAAGCCUAAGAUCUUUAUUUCCUCUUCUCAAUGA